GAUCUAAUUGAAGGAAACUGAGAGCGCUUAGCUUCCUUGGAAUUAGGGAAAUGGGUUUCAAGUCUAGCAAUCCCUAUUUAAAGCCCUUUGCUUAGCUAAUGCUUUUCUUUAAUCAAAUCACUGCCUCAGUUUUUAAAAGGAGGGGGUGGUACUAAAUGGCUAUUAUGCUAAGCCUAGAAAUGUUUUGGGUCAGAGAUCCAUAAUUUGCACUGUGUACAUGAAGCAUGUGCUUUCCCACUCUGCUCUCUUGGAACCAAACACUUGUUUUCUCUCUUCUCUUGUCCUCCCCUCUUCUCCCUGCUGAGUACCUACUUCCUCCUCUCCCCUCUUUUCUUCUUCCCCUUCUGUUCCCUCCUUUUCCCUUCUCUCUCUUUUCUCUUCUCCUCCUUUGUUCACAAAGACAAAGAUGGAAAGAGGAUGACACAUUAGGAAGACUGAGAAACUGUCCCAUGUGGCCACAUAGAAACCAGAAGUCACGAAGAUCGGACACUAAUAAAUUUCUUCUCGAAGCACUGAUGUAUUCUGUGUUAACACGACUCACUUCCUGGACAGAAAUUGUUUAUGUUCUUCUUCGAGGAGGUGGCCUUGAGAGAUAGAAAGUCUGUGAUUGCAGUGAGCUUCAUAGCAGCGUUCCUCUUCCUGCUGGUUGUGCGCCUUGUGAAUGAAGUGAAUUUUCCAUUGCUACUAAACUGCUUCGGACAACCUGGUGCAAAAUGGAUACCAUUCUCCUAUACAUACAGGCGGCCCCUUCGAACUCACUAUGGAUACAUAAAUGUGAGGACGCAAGAGCCUUUGCAACUGGACUGUAACCUUUGUGCCAUAGUGUCAAACUCAGGUCAGAUGGUUGGCCAGAAGGUGGGGAAUGAGAUAGAUCAGUCUUCCUGCAUUUGGAGAAUGAACAAUGCCCCCACCAAGGGCUAUGAAGAAGAUGUUGGCCGCAUGACAAUGAUUCGAGUUGUAUCCCAUACCAGCGUUCCUCUUUUGCUGAAAAACCCUGAUUAUUUUUUCAAGGAAGCAAAUGCUACUAUUUAUGUUAUUUGGGGCCCUUUCCGCAAUAUGAGGAAAGACGGCAAUGGCAUUGUUUACAACAUGUUGAAAAAGACUGUUGACAUCUAUCCCAAUGCCCAGAUUUACGUGACCACGGAGAAGCGCAUGAGUUACUGUGAUGGAGUGUUUAAGAAGGAAACUGGGAAAGACAGAGUCCAGUCUGGCUCUUAUCUCAGCACGGGUUGGUUUACCUUCAUUCUGGCCAUGGAUGCCUGUUAUGGCAUUCACGUCUACGGGAUGAUAAAUGACACCUAUUGCAAGACAGAAGGGUAUAGAAAAGUCCCCUACCAUUACUAUGAACAAGGAAGAGACGAAUGUGAUGAAUAUUUUCUCCAUGAACACGCCCCAUAUGGGGGGCAUAGGUUUAUCACUGAAAAGAAAGUGUUUGCUAAAUGGGCCAAGAAACACAGGAUAAUAUUUACACACCCAAACUGGACAGUGUCUUGAUGUUGGCUUUUCUGACCUUGCCACAUCACUUGACAUGAUCAUGAUACUGCAACUGUGAUGCUAAUGAUGCUGAUGCUGGUGAUGAUAAAGGCAACAACAAUGAUGACCAAGUUUCUGUACAUUCUCAGAUAUGGACGGUGAUUCUGCCAGUAAUUUGAACUUGGGAUUUCGUGGAGGGUAGUUGUGCUCAUUACGUUCUUUCUGAAGGGUCAACAUUUCAUACUGCACUUUAUAAUCUAACUGGAAUUGAAAUAAAGGCCAGUAACAUGACAAGAGUGACCUAAGAAAUGGGAAGAUUAUCCUUCAAGAUAGUUGCCCAGGAUUCUUGGACAGUGAGUAAUUUCCAAAAGCCCUGGGAUUUGGUCUCAUGAGGCAAGGUUAUUGACUCUGCUGUCUGUUGAACCUGAGCAGCUCCACCAUCUUGAAGAAUGGUUGAUUGUCAAACACUGACCCAAGAAAUGCUUUCUGGGUACAAGGGUCUUGCCACAGUCACUAGUUGGCCUGGGGGCAGGAGAGGAAUCUCUUCCUGACUUACCAUCUUCCUACAGUACCUCCUACAGCUAAAGCCUCAGGCCAUUUCCUAAUUCACAAGGAAGAUAUGGACAUCCUACCCACCGGGAUUACUUGACUCUCUCAAACACUUCAUUCAAAAUGGGCUAACUAGCAAAUCUUUUUGAAUUUCUACUCUCAUCGCUCCAUUCUUACUACCCCCCAAAAUAUAACUAAACAUAUUACUAGAAUGAUCUGUAUUAAUGUUUAGUUAUUUUUGGUUGAGUGCUAAAUAUUUCAGAAAGCUAUUCAACAAGUAAGAUACCAACACUGUAGUAACAUAGACUGUGAAAACAUUCUUAAAACAUAACCAAAAGGGUUUACUAACUCUGCUUCAACAUCCAACAACACAAAAUUUUAUGCUUUUGAAAAUCAUGAAACAGGGAAAGCAAAGCAUAUUUUUACAUCAAUUUGUAUCCUACCAUACUUCAUAAUAUAUAUUUGUAUAUUCAAAUUUCUAUUUUAUAGGCCCAAGAUGUGUCUCUCCACACAUUUCAUUAUCAUUGCCAAGUGCCAACUGUUAGUCAUGGAGAGGAAAUGAUUCCUUGUAUUUAAUCUGACCAGAGCUUUUGCCUUCUUGGGGUUUAUUUUCCCCAAACUGUAUCAGUUGCUAUACCAUAAUAACAACAAUAAUAAUGACCUUGAUGUCUAAAGUGCUUUGUCGUGUAGAGUCCUUUCACAUAUGCUGUCCCAUGUGAUGCCCGUGACCACCCCAUCAGGCUAUUGCCUAUGCAUUCUGACAUAUUAGCAGAUGAUCUCUAAUUUGUUAAUUGCUACUAUAUAUUCCAGAUUGCUCCCCUUCCUAAUAUUUGUAUAGAAUAGAGUUUAUGUAGACCAGUAACCAAUUGAUUUCAGUGCCAAAUACAAUGUAUUAUAUCAGGAUUAUGCAAAAAGUAUCCCAAGGAUGGCCCUGGCCGUAAACUAGGAAUCCUGUGAACAAAAGUACUUUUGAUUUUUUUUUUUUAGUGGCUCUAUUUAGGUGGGGAAAAGAGGAGGUAGCAGAGACAACAGGAAGAAAUAAAAGUAAAGAAAUACAGUUUCUCGUCCCCAUCUUGAGAUUACUUUGUUCUCCAUAUAUUCAUUGCUCGUUAAAUAUUAGAGGGUUGAUUUGCUGAGAGAGUAGCUGAGAGACCAAAAACAUCCUUACCAAUGAUUCAAAAGACAAAAGCUGGGCUUAACUUACAGCCUGUUUUGGAGGCUGGAAGUGAUGAUGCAUUUCACCUUUGGAGCCCUUUCCAGGUCUCUACCAGUGCUAAGUCCCAUGAUAGGCUACCUUUAAAAUGGUCCAUCUUGGACAAAAACCUCUUUCCUGCUCUUUUCUACCAUUUUAAUACCUCAAUAUUCACAUCCAUAAAAAUGACCAAGUGCCACUCACAUUGUUGGAACUAUUAUUGUUGUUAUUCUUUUGUUGCUUCCUUAUGUGAUUUUCAGUUCUAUGUAUGCUAGUUUUUGUGAGCUAAUGAUGGAUAGAAAUGCCCACUCAAAGAAAAAUAAACAGAUGAAAAUGUCAAAAUUGUAAUACAGACUGUUUUUCCCCCCUGUUGUGAUACA